AUGGACAUGGAUGCUAAUGAGAUGGUCGACAAAGUCUCUGCUUCUCCUCUACCAUUUGCAAGAAGUUAUCAAGUAGAAGCGCUUGAGAAAGCUAUGAAGCAGAACACAAUUGUGUACUUGGAGACUGGUUCUGGCAAGACCCUUAUUGCUAUUAUGCUUCUUCGUAACUACGCAUACCUUUUCCGCAAGCCUUCCCCAUGUUUCAGCGUCUUCUUGGUUCCUCAAGUGGUUCUUGUCUCUCAACAAGCAGAAGCCUUGAAGAUGCAUACUGAUCUAAAAGUGGGCAUGUAUUGGGGAGAUAUGGGGGUUGACUAUUGGGACUCUUCGACAUGGAAACAACAAGUCGACAAAUAUGAGGUUCUUGUGAUGACCCCUGCCAUUUUGCUCCGUGCAUUGAGUCAUAGUUUUCUGAAGUUGAACAUGAUCAAGGUUCUAGUAGUUGAUGAGUGUCAUCAUGCUCAGGGAAAGCACCCCUAUGCUUGUAUCAUGAGGGAUUUCUAUCAUAAGGAGUUCAAUUCUGCAACUUCUGAUGUUCCACGGAUAUUUGGGAUGACGGCAUCCCUUGUGAAGAAAAAAGGUGAAAAGUUGGAUAGCUACUGGGAAAAGAUUCAUGAACUUGAAAUGCUAAUGAAUUCAAAGGUCUAUACCUGUGAGAAUGAGUCCGUGCUGGCUAGGUUUGUCCCCUUUUCUACACCGAGUUUCAAGUACUAUCAGCACAUGGAAAUACCAAGCUCUACACGUAAAAGCUUGGUAGGAGAGCUGGAUAAGCUAGCCACAAAGCAUCGCUUAUCCCUUGCAACCAUGGAUCUCAAAUCCUCCAGUGUUGUAUCUAUAGAGAAGAGACUGUCAAGUAUAAUUUCAUCUAUAACUUAUUGUGUGGAUGAGUUUGGAAUUUUGCUGGCCCUGAAGGCUGCUCAGUCAUUCUCAGCCAGUCAGAACGACUUUGUCUCGUGGGGACAUCUAAAUUUGUUUAGCGAAACAUUCGUAAAAAAAUUCUCUUGUGAUGCUUCACAGGCCAUUUUAGCUUACAUACCUAAUGGUCCUAACUGGAGUUGGAGUGGUUCUAACAUAAAAGUAAACGUGGAGACAGGUCUCCUAACGUCAAAAAUAGUCUGCCUUCUUGAUUCUCUUCUUGGUUAUAGGUCCUUGGAGAACAUACGGUGCAUCGUUUUUGUGGAAAGGGUGAUGACAGCAAUAGUUCUGGAAUCCCUUUUGGCUGAGAUUCUUCCAAACUAUAAUAACUGGAAAACAAAGUACGUUGCAGGAAAUAACUCUGGUCUGCAAACUCAGUCUCGGAAGAAGCAAAAUGGAAUUGUGGAGGAUUUCCGUAAAGGCUUGGUAAACAUCAUUGUAGCAACAUCUAUUUUAGAGGAAGGUUUAGAUGUUCAAAGUUGCAAUCUGGUUGUCGGAUUUGACCCAGCAACCAACAUUUGCAGUUUCAUACAGUCUCAAGGGCGUGCUAGAAUGCAUAAUUCAGAUUAUUUGAUGAUGGUGGAAAGAGGAGAUCUGUUAACACAAUCUCGGCUAAAGAAAUAUCUUUCUGGAGGGAAGAGAAUGCGUGAAGAGUCUUUGCAUCAUUCUCUUGAUCCCUGUCCACCUCUUCCAGAUGAUUCAUCGGAAGAUUUCUUCCGUGUCAAUAGCACGGGCGCAAUUGUAACUCUUAGCUCAAGUGUUGCCUUAAUAUAUUUCUACUGCUCGAGGCUUCCUUCAGAUGAGUACUUCAAACCAGCUCCUAGAUUUGAUAUUAACAAGGAUCAGGGGACUUGCACUCUUUACCUUCCUAAGAGCUGCCCAAUAGAAGAAGUUAGAGUUCAAGCUAAUGGUAAUGUGUUAAAACAAGCUGCCUGUCUAGAAGCUUGCAUUGAGCUGCAUAAAGCUAAAGCUCUAAGUGAUUAUCUUGUGCCUGACAUGGUUGUGGCGGAAAGUGUUGGACAAGAACUCGGGAAAAUCCUCUAUGACACAGAACAGCCAUGUUACUUCCCGCCAGAGCUAGUCUCCCAAUUUUCUGCACAGUCGCCGACAACAUACCACUUUUACAUAAUAAGAAUGAAGCCUAACUCUUCAAGAAAUUUUCAUCUAAACGAUGUUUUUCUGGGAACCAGAGUUGAACUUGAAUAUGACAUUGGGAACACAGGCUUCCGGUUGGAAGAUCAUAGGGGUACUAUUGCUGUGACACUUAGUUAUGUGGGAGCAUUUCGCCUUACACAAGAGGAGGCCCUUUUGUGUAGAAGGUUUCAGAUAACUCUUUUCCGAGUUCUUUUGGAUCACAGUGUAGAGAAUCUGAUGAAAGCAUUGGAUGGGUUGCAUCUCAGAGACGGCGUAGCCCUUGAUUAUCUACUGCUUCCAUCCACUCAUGAGCAUGAAACAUCUCUUAUUAAUUGGGAGGUGAUUAGAUCUGUGAAUUUAACCUGUCAUAAGCCUUGGGAAAGACACGUGAACUGUUCUGCCAAGGGCGCUUCUCGCAUUAUACAUACAAAAGACGGGCUGUUUUGUACCUGUGUCGUACAAAAUGCAUUGGUUUACACCCCACAUAAUGGAUACGUCUACUGCACCAAAGGUCUUCUAAACAAUCUAAACGCAAAUUCAUUACUGAGGACUAGGAAUUCCAGCAAUCAGACGUACAUGGAGUACUAUGAGAAACGGCAUGGGAUUCAAUUAAACUAUGUGGAUGAACCACUUCUAAAUGGGAGACACAUUUUCACGCUGCAUAAUUACCUUCACUUGACUAAGAAGAAGAAGGAGAAAGAGCAUGACAGAGAGUUUGUUGAACUACCUCCUGAGCUGUGUCAUCUCAUUUUGUCCCCAAUAUCAGUUGAUAUGAUCUAUUCAUAUACAUUCAUCCCCUCUGUUAUGCAACGCAUUGAAUCUUUGCUUAUAGCAUACAACGUGAAGAAGAGCAUCCCAAAAGUCAAUAUUCCCACCAUCAAGGUUCUGGAAGCCAUCACGACGAAGAAGUGCCAAGAUCAGUUCCACUUGGAAUCACUAGAAACUCUUGGUGACUCUUUUUUGAAAUAUGCUGUUUGUCAGCAUCUAUUCCAACAAUUUCAUACUCUUCAUGAGGGUCUUCUUAGCACGAAGAAAGAUGGAAUGAUUUCAAAUGUCAUGCUCUGCAAAUUUGGAUGUCAGCAGAAACUUCAGGGAUUUAUCCGCAAUGAAUGCUUUGAACCUAAAGGUUGGAUGGUUCCUGGUCAAUCAUCUGCAGCAUAUGCUCUUGUUAAUGAUACUCUACCCGAGUCUAGAAACAUAUACAUUGCCAGUAAGAGGAAUUUGAAACGCAAGAGUGUGGCCGAUGUUGUAGAAUCACUAAUUGGUGCAUAUCUCAGUGAGGGAGGUGAAUUAGCAGCGUUGAUGUUUAUGAAUUGGGUUGGUAUAAAGGUUGAUUUCACAAGAAUCACAACCUUGAGGAUUCAAAGAGAGGUCCCAAUAAAAGCCGAGAAGCUUGUGAAUGUAGACUAUAUGGAGUCUCUGUUGAAUUAUACAUUUAAGGACAAGUCUCUUCUAGUUGAGGCAUUGACUCAUGGUUCAUACAUGAUUCCUGAAAUUCCAAGAUGCUAUCAGCGGUUGGAGUUCCUUGGUGACUCGGUGUUGGAUUAUCUCAUAACCAAGCAUCUUUACGGCGAAAAUCCUAGUCUUUCUCCUGGACUACUAACCGACAUGCGAUCAGCUUCUGUGAACAAUGAAUGUUAUGCUCAAGUGGCGGUGAAAGCAAACCUGCACAAACACAUUCUCCAUGCCUCUCAUGAUCUCCACAAACACAUCUCUAGAACAGUCAGUGAGUUUGAACGGUCGUCUUUACAAUCCUCUUUUGGAUGGGAAUCCAGUAUAUCUUUCCCUAAGGUUCUUGGAGAUGUGAUUGAAUCUUUAGCAGGAGCGAUACUUGUUGACUCCGGUUACAACAAGGAAACAGUGUUUGCGAGUAUAAAACCGCUCUUGGGUGUUAUGAUAACUCCGGAGACUGUCAAGUUGCAUCCGGUGAGAGAGUUGACAGAAUUAUGUCAGAAACUGCAGUUUGAGUUGAGUAAAGCUAAAGGUUUCGAAAAUGGUGAAGCUUAUUUCACAGUUGAAGUGAAAGCUAAGGAAAUGAGUUUUGCUCACACAGCAAAGGCCUCUGAUAAGAAGAUGGCCAAGAAAUUGGCUUACCAAGAAGUCUUGAACUUACUUAAGAAGAGCAUUGCCUCCUAA